AUGGCUACCAAAGGACUUAAAGCAAUCGCACCGGUUCCAAAUGCAACCGAUUUUCUUGAUAUCAUCUUAUCUAAAACUCAAAGAAAAACUCCUACUGUCAUUCAUAAAGGUUUCAAGAUUGGUAGGAUCAGGUCGUUUUAUAUGAGAAAAGUUAAAUUCACUCAAGAUGCAUUCGAUGAGAAAUUAGAAGCAAUUUUAACUGAAUUUCCAAUCUUAGAUAACCUUCAUCCAUUUUUAGCUUCAUUACUUAAUGUAUUAUAUGAUAAAAAUCAUUAUAAAUUAGCACUUGGUCAACUUAAUACUGCUAAACAUUUGAUCGAUCAAGUUGGAAAAGAUUAUUGUAGGUUACUGAAAUUUGGUGAUAGUUUAUACAGAUGUAAACAACUUAAAAAGGCAGCUUUGGGUCGGAUGGCUACGAUUAUGAGAAGACAAAAAGAACCAUUAGCUUAUUUAGAACAAGUUAGACAACAUAUGUCACGUUUACCUACUAUUGAUCCUACUACUCGUACUCUUUUAGUUUGUGGUUAUCCAAAUGUUGGUAAAUCGAGUUUCAUGAAUAAAGUGACUCGUGCGGAUGUCGAUGUACAACCUUAUGCUUUCACUACUAAAAGUUUAUUUGUUGGUCAUAUGGAUUACAAAUACCUUCGUUGGCAAGUGAUUGAUACCCCUGGUAUCUUGGACCAUCCUUUAGAUGAGAUGAACACAAUUGAAAUGCAAUCUAUUACAGCUAUGGCCCAUCUUCGAUCAUGCAUUCUCUACUUUAUGGAUCUUUCCGAACAAUGUGGUUAUACAAUCGAAGCACAAUGUCAAUUAUUUCAAUCGAUUAAACCAUUAUUUGCCAACAAACCGAAAUUCUUAGUCGUCAAUAAGAUCGAUGUCUGCAGACUAGAAGAUUUAGAACCAGAUAGACGAGUAUUAAUAGAUGAAAUUUUGAAAGAGAAUGACAUUGAACUUUUACAAGUAUCUUGCUUUAGUGAAGAAGGUGUGAUGGAAGUUAGAAAUGCGGCAUGUGAUGCAUUAUUGGCUCAUCGAGUUGAAGCAAAGGAGAAGACCAAACGAGUGGAAAAUGUUGCAAAUCGGGUUAGAGUCGCUGUUCCUACUAGACGUGAUGAUAUGGUUAGAGAACCAUGUAUACCUGAAUCUGUCUUGAGUAAGAAGAAAUACGACGCUCAAGAUCCUAAUCGAACGAUCCUUGAACGUGAUCUUGAAGCCGAAGGUGGAGGCCCUGGUGUAUAUGUUGUUGACGUUAAGACCUCAACAAAAGUUGAUCUCAUUCAUCGCCUUCUCACAGAAUCGUAUCUUCUCAGUAAUGAUGAAUGGAAACAAGAUAAUGUACCUGAGAUCAUCAACGGAAAGAACAUUGCGGAUUUCAUUGAUCCUGAUAUUUUUAAGAAACUAGAAGAACUUGAAGAAGAAGAAGAAAGAUUAGAAGCGGAAGGAUUUUAUGAAUCUGAUCAUGAAGUGUAUGACAGUUUAGGAUCAGAAGAUGAAGAAGCGAUCAAAACGGUAGCAGGAUCGAUUAAAUCAAAGAAGAAAGUUUUAAGAGCUGGACACGCAAGAGCAUUACAUCAAAGUUUGAAUCGAGCGGUGAUUGCUAGACCUGAUCGAGCCCCUAUGAAAUUAAGUGAUAUGAUGAAUCAAAUGAAGAAAGAUGGAAUUGAUACAAGUAAAUUAGAAGAAAGAGCUAAGUUGCUUGCUAAAGCGAAUAGAUUAGCCUAUGAAGUUGAAAAGCAAGAAAAAACGAAACGUAAAGCAGAAGAUGAAAUGGAAGUGGAUUCAGAUGACGACGAAGAUUCUGGAUCAGAUGGAAUGGAGAUCGAUGGAAAUGAAGAUAAGAAAGUAAUCAAGAAAUCUAAAGGAUCAGAUGGAAAAGAAAUUAAUAUGAAAGGACCACUUGAUGUUAAAAGAUUACCUAGAAAAGAUCGUAGGUUGGCUGGAAUUGGAAAUCCUACGGAAGAAGUUAAAGCUAGAAGAUUACAAUUACUUCAACAACGCGAACCUAAUCGGAUGGCUAAAGCAGGUGAAGCUGAUCGACAUAUUCCCACAAAGAUGCCUAAACAUUUGUUCGCUGGUAAACGAAAGUCUGGUAAGACUAACAGACGUUAA